AUGUUUUGCUGCGCGCCUGAUCACGGCAAAUUCAAAGAACUGGACUACCCAAGCGGCCCCUGGCAACAGAGCUUCUUCCGCGUCGGUGCGGCUCAUUCCAGCGGCAAGGAGUUCGAGUGGACACCGAACGAUAUCACGUACCUGUUGCCCGGCGUCGACGUAGUCCAAGAUAAGAUCAGCCGCAUCUUCCCCGACUCAGCCUCAGAGCGAGAUAUCACAAAUCUGCGAAAGAACCUAACUGGCUCCAGUGUCUCUGCCGCGUUGGGAGCAGGUCUCGCCGCCAUGAUAAUCUACUGCGUCAAGGCUGGUAUCCUCGCGGCCAAGACGGCGAAGCGGGGCGAGGGUACCAUAAAUGCUAUUCCGGACGACGGCGCGAUACAAAUUGCUAAGCCCGAUGCUAUGAAGAAGGCUUUCAAAAGUUUGGGCUCGGUGACUGAGAACAGGUUUAUCCAGGUUUGGGAGAGGUUGUAUAAGGCGACGGAGAUAUUGGAGAGGUGGGAGAAAGAGAGGGAGAGGUCAAACCCUGAAGCUCUUUCGAAAUGUGUUGAGGAGUUUACACGAUUUACUAUCAAGCUUGCAAAUUCAGCUGUCUGA